GAUUUUAUAGCCCAUCAACUUGUUUUUGUUUGCUGACAGAGAAACAUAGCAGUCUUGCAGCAAGAAAUAUUGGAAUUUUCACAAAGGCUUCAUGCAGCAGAGAUAGAGUCCCGCUCACUGCACCUGCAGCUUGCAGAAUGCAGAUGGGCUUUCAGUGAGAUGCAAAAAGAUGCUGAAAAGGCCCACAGACUGCAGGAGCAAUUAAAUGAACUUCAGCAUAAAAUCAACCAAGACAAUAUACAUGAGGAGUUAGAUAAUGCUUUGCAGCGUGAGCAGGAGGCAAGAUUGCUUUUACAAGAACACCAGCGACGGCUUCAGGAGCUGAGUAAUAGACUGGAAUUGCACUCAUUUGCCAGCCCAGAUAGAAGCCAAGCUGCUAAUGUAUCUCUGCUGAACCUCUCUAACACAAUGGAGCAGCUGAGGAGCAGAGACCAGGUUCUGUAUCACCAGAAAAGACUCCAGGAAGACACGGAGCAGGACCAGCAGCAGCUUCAGGAGACUCUUGAGGAGGCAGAACCUGCCCUCAAACUGGGAGUAAAAGACAAAGAGUUGCUCAUCAAUCAUAUGAAAGCUGUGGAAGACGCCCUGAAUGAGGCCAAAGAGGAGGCCGUGGCAGGUGCUGCAGCAGCCACGCCGCUCCCCAGCCUGCAGCUGGAGACCCUUUCAGAGGAAGCAGUGAGGGGCAAGCCAGAGGCUUUGUCGUUCCAGCACGUGCUUAGACACUUUAUGGAUCUCUACUCAUUGGCAGCUUCCAAAGUUAAAGCAUUAACAUCAGGAAGGGAAUCUUCACAGAUUCACUUUGAACCCUUAACUGCUGAGCCUCUUACUCCUGCUGCUGAUGAAUCCUUGCAAGUUCACUUUUCCCUCAAAGAAGCUGGUUCCCCUCCUGCUGGUGCUGCUCCUUCUGCUCCUGAUGAAUCUUUGCAAGUUCAAUUUCAACCCGAAGCAACUGGAUCACCACGUCCUCCUCCUCCUGCUGCUCCUGCUGCUCCUGCUGCUCCUGCUCCUGGUGAAACUUUGCAAGGUCACUUUGAACCCAAAACUGGUGAUACACCACCUGCUCCUGCUCCUGUUCCUGCUCCAGACGCUAUUUUUCAGCCUCAUGUUUCACCCCAAGCAGCUGGUAGACCUAUUGCUCCUCCUGCUCCUACUCCUGCUCCUGCUCCAGCUCCAGCUCCUGCUCCAGCUCCAGCUCCUGCUCCUGAUGGUACUUUUCAGCCUCUUUUUUCACUCCGAGCAGCUGGUAAACCCACUGCUCCUCCUUUUCCUGCUGAUGAUUCCUUUAAACAUCGCAUUGAACCCCCAGAAGCUGCUACACCUCGUACUCCUGGUCCUGAUGACUCUUUCUGGCUGCCUGUUUCAUCCCAAGCAGCUCGUGCACCUCCUGCACCUGCUCAUGCUCGUGAUGAAUCUUUCUGGGGUCGAAUUGGACACCAACUAGCCGGAACACCUCCUGCACAUGCUGGUGACAGUGAUGACUCUUUUGGACCUCGCUUUGUGCCCAAAGGAGCUGCUGCACCUCCUGCUCCUGAUGAUAUUUUUCGGAUUAGUGUUGCACCCAAAGCGCCCCGUACACCUGCUACUCCUGUUCCUGCUCCUGCUGAUAUUUUUCAGCCUUAUGUUUCACCACAAGCAGCUGGUAGACCUACUGCCCCUGCAGUUGCUCCUGCUCCUGUUGCUAUUUUGCAGCCCCAUGUUUCACCCCAAGCAGCCAGUGCACCUCCUGCUCCUACUCCUGCUUCUGAUGAAUCUUUUCAGCUUCUCCUUAUACCCCAAGGACCUAGUACACCUCGUAGUCCAGCUCCUGAUGAAUCCUUCCAGCUACUCUUUGUACAACAAGGAACGAGUACACAAUGUAGUCUUGCUCCUGAUGCAAGCUGGGGAGAGCCUAGACACAGAACGUACAUUGAUUCCAGAACUGACACAACCUCCAGUGUGGCACCCUACAGGGGCUCUACUCUGCCUGGAAUUCACACAAUCUCCAGGGUGUCACCCCAGAGAACCUAUACUGUGUCUGGCAGUGAUGUGCCCUCCAGUGUGACACCCUACAGGACCUAUACUGUGUCUGAGAGUGAUAUGCCCUCCAGUGUGACACCCUACAGGACCUAUACUGUGUCUAAGAGUGAUGUGCCCUCCAGUGUGACACCCUACAUAACCCACACUGUGUCUGGAAGCGACGUAUCCUCUGAAUCUUUUCGGCUUCCCUUUGUACCUCAAGGAACCAGUACACCUCGUGGUCCUGCUCCUGUUGCAAGCUGGGGAGAGCUGGGACACAGAACCUACAUUGAUUCCAGAACCAACACAAGCUCCAGUGUGACACCCUACAGAACCUCUACUGUGUCUGGAACUGACACCAGCUCCAGUGUGACACCCUACAGAACCUCUACUGUGUCUGGAACAGACACAGCCUCCAGUGUGUCACCCUACAGGACCUAUACUUUGUCUGGAAUUGGCACAACAUCCAGUGUGAUGCCCCGAGGAACCUAUACUGUUUCUGGCAGUGAUGUGCCCUCCAGUGUGUCCCCUUACAGGACCUAUACUGUGUCUGAGAGUGAUGUGCCCUCCAGUGUGACACCCUACAGGACCUAUACUGUGUCUGGCAGUGAUAUGCCCUCCAGUGUGACACCCUACAGGACCUAUACUGUGUCUAAGAGUGAUGUACCCUCAAGUGUGACACCCUACAUAACCCACACUGUGUCUGGAAGCGACGUAUCCUCCGAAUCUUUUCGGCUUCCCUUUGUACCUCAAGGAACCAGUACACCUCGUGGUCCUGCUCCUGUUGCAAGCUGGGAAGAGCUGGGACACAGAACCUACAUUGAUUCCAGAACCAACACAAGCUCCAGUGUGACACCCUACAGAACCUCUACUGUGUCUGGAACUGACACCAGCUCCAGUGUGACACCCUACAGAACCUCUACUGUGUCUGGAACAGACACAGCCUCCAGUGUGUCACCCUACAGGACCUAUACUUUGUCUGGAAUUGGCACAACAUCCAGUGUGAUGCCCCGAGGAACCUAUACUGUUUCUGGCAGUGAUGUGCCCUCCAGUGUGUCCCCUUACAGGACCUAUACUGUGUCUGAGAGUGAUGUGCCCUCCAGUGUGACACCCUACAGGACCUAUACUGUGUCUGGAAGUGAUGUACCCUCCAGUGUGACACCCUACAGGACCUAUACUGUGUCUGGAAGUGAUGUACCCUCCAGUGUGACACCCUACAGGACCUAUACUGUGUCUGGAAGUGAUGUACCCUCCAGUGUGACACCCUACAGAACCUAUACUGUGUCUGAGAGUGAUGUGCCCUCCAGUGUGACACCCUACAGGACCUAUACUGUGUCUGAGAGUGAUGUGCCCUCCAGUGUGACACCCUACAGGACCUAUACUGUGUCUGGCAGUGAUGUGCCCUCCAGUGUGACACCCUACAGGACCUAUACUGUGUCUAAGAGUGAUGUACCCUCAAGUGUGACACCCUACAUAACCCACACUGUGUCUGGAAGCGACGUAUCCUCCGAAUCUUUUCGGCUUCCCUUUGUACCUCAAGGAACCAGUACACCUCGUGGUCCUGCUCCUGUUGCAAGCUGGGGAGAGCUGGGACACAGAACCUACAUUGAUUCCAGAACCAACACAAGCUCCAGUGUGACACCCUACAGAACCUCUACUGUGUCUGGAACUGACACCAGCUCCAGUGUGACACCCUACAGAACCUCUACUGUGUCUGGAACAGACACAGCCUCCAGUGUGUCACCCUACAGGACCUAUACUUUGUCUGGAAUUGGCACAACAUCCAGAGUGAUGCCCCGAGGAACCUAUACUGUUUCUGGCAGUGAUGUGCCCUCCAGUGUGUCCCCUUACAGGACCUAUACUGUGUCUGAGAGUGAUGUACCCUCCAGUGUGACACCCUACAGGACCUAUACUGUGUCUGGAAGUGAUGUACCCUCCAGUGUGACACCCUACAGAACCUAUACUGUGUCUGAGAGUGAUGUACCCUCCAGUGUGACACCCUACAGGACCUAUACUGUGUCUGAGAGUGAUGUGCCCUCCAGUGUGACACCCUACAGGACCUAUACUGUGUCUGGCAGUGAUGUGCCCUCCAGUGUGACACCCUACAGGACCUAUACUGUGUCUAAGAGUGAUGUACCCUCAAGUGUGACACCCUACAUAACCCACACUGUGUCUGGAAGCGACGUAUCCUCCGAAUCUUUUCGGCUUCCCUUUGUACCUCAAGGAACCAGUACACCUCGUGGUCCUGCUCCUGUUGCAAGCUGGGAAGAGCUGGGACACAGAACCUACAUUGAUUCCAGAACCAACACAAGCUCCAGUGUGACACCCUACAGAACCUCUACUGUGUCUGGAACUGACACCAGCUCCAGUGUGACACCCUACAGAACCUCUACUGUGUCUGGAACAGACACAGCCUCCAGUGUGUCACCCUACAGGACCUAUACUUUGUCUGGAAUUGGCACAACAUCCAGAGUGAUGCCCCGAGGAACCUAUACUGUUUCUGGCAGUGAUGUGCCCUCCAGUGUGUCCCCUUACAGGAUCUAUACUGUGUCUGAGAGUGAUGUACCCUCCAGUGUGACACCCUACAGGACCUAUACUGUGUCUGGAAGUGAUGUACCCUCCAGUGUGACACCCUACAGAACCUAUACUGUGUCUGAGAGUGAUGUACCCUCCAGUGUGACACCCUACAGGACCUAUACUGUGUCUGAGAGUGAUGUGCCCUCCAGUGUGACACCCUACAGGACCUAUACUGUGUCUGGCAGUGAUGUGCCCUCCAGUGUGACACCCUACAGGACCUAUACUGUGUCUGGAAGUGAUGUACCCUCCAGUGUGACACCCUACAGGACCUAUACUGUGUCUGGCAGUGAUAUGCCCUCCAGUGUGACACCCUACAGGACCUAUACUGUGUCUAAGAGUGAUGUACCCUCAAGUGUGACACCCUACAUAACCCACACUGUGUCUGGAAGCGACGUAUCCUCCGAAUCUUUUCGGCUUCCCUUUGUACCUCAAGGAACCAGUACACCUCGUGGUCCUGCUCCUGUUGCAAGCUGGGGAGAGCUGGGACACAGAACCUACAUUGAUUCUAGAACCAACACAAGCUCCAGUGUGACACCCUACAGAACCUCUACUGUGUCUGGAACUGACACCAGCUCCAGUGUGACACCCUACAGAACCUCUACUGUGUCUGGAACAGACACAGCCUCCAGUGUGUCACCCUACAGGACCUAUACUUUGUCUGGAAUUGGCACAACAUCCAGUGUGAUGCCCCGAGGAACCUAUACUGUUUCUGGCAGUGAUGUGCCUUCCAGUGUGUCCCCUUACAGGACCUAUACUGUGUCUGAGAGUGAUGUGCCCUCCAGUGUGACACCCUACAGGACCUAUACUGUGUCUGGAAGUGAUGUACCCUCCAGUGUGACACCCUACAGGACCUAUACUGUGUCUGGAAGUGAUGUACCCUCCAGUGUGACACCCUACAGGACCUAUACUGUGUCUGAGAGUGAUGUGCCCUCCAGUGUGACACCCUACAGGACCUAUACUGUGUCUGGAAGUGAUGUACCCUCCAGUGUGACACCCUACAGGACCUAUACUGUGUCUGAGAGUGAUGUGCCCUCCAGUGUGACACCCUACAGGACCUAUACUGUGUCUGGCAGUGAUGUGCCCUCCAGUGUGACACCCUACAGGACCUAUACUGUGUCUGGAAGUGAUGUACCCUCCAGUGUGACACCCUACAGGACCAAUACUGUGUCUGGCAGUGAUAUGCCCUCCAGUGUGACACCCUACAGGACCUAUACUGUGUCUAAGAGUGAUGUACCCUCAAGUGUGACACCCUACAUAACCCACACUGUGUCUGGAAGCGACGUAUCCUCCGAAUCUUUUCGGCUUCCCUUUGUACCUCAAGGAACCAGUACACCUCGUGGUCCUGCUCCUGUUGCAAGCUGGGGAGAGCUGGGACACAGAACCUACAUUGAUUCUAGAACCAACACCAGCUCCAGUGUGACACCCUACAGAACCUCUACUGUGUCUGGAACUGACACCAGCUCCAGUGUGACACCCUUCAGAACCUCUGCUGCAUCUGGAAUAGACACAACCUCCAGUGUGUCACCCUACAGAACCUCUACUUUGUCUGGAAUUGGCACAACAUCCAGUGUGAUGCCCCGAGGAACCUAUACUGUUUCUGGCAGUGAUGUGCCUUCCAGUGUGUCCCCUUACAGGACCUAUACUGUGUCUGAGAGUGAUGUGCCCUCCAGUGUGACACCCUACAGGACCUAUACUGUGUCUGGAAGUGAUGUACCCUCCAGUGUGACACCCUACAGGACCUAUACUGUGUCUGGAAGUGAUGUACCCUCCAGUGUGACACCCUACAGGACCUAUACUGUGUCUGAGAGUGAUGUGCCCUCCAGUGUGACACCCUACAGGACCUAUACUGUGUCUGGAAGUGAUGUACCCUCCAGUGUGACACCCUACAGGACCUAUACUGUGUCUGAGAGUGAUGUGCCCUCCAGUGUGACACCCUACAGGACCUAUACUGUGUCUGGCAGUGAUGUGCCCUCCAGUGUGACACCCUACAGGACCUAUACUGUGUCUGGAAGUGAUGUACCCUCCAGUGUGACACCCUACAGGACCAAUACUGUGUCUGGCAGUGAUAUGCCCUCCAGUGUGACACCCUACAGGACCUAUACUGUGUCUAAGAGUGAUGUACCCUCAAGUGUGACACCCUACAUAACCCACACUGUGUCUGGAAGCGACGUAUCCUCCGAAUCUUUUCGGCUUCCCUUUGUACCUCAAGGAACCAGUACACCUCGUGGUCCUGCUCCUGUUGCAAGCUGGGGAGAGCUGGGACACAGAACCUACAUUGAUUCUAGAACCAACACCAGCUCCAGUGUGACACCCUACAGAACCUCUACUGUGUCUGGAACUGACACCAGCUCCAGUGUGACACCCUACAGAACCUCUACUGUGUCUGGAAGUGACGCAACCUCCAGAGUGACACCCCAGACAACAUACACUGUGUCUGGCAGUGACAUACCUUCUAGUGUAACACCCUACAGAACCUAUACUGUGUCUGGAAGUGAUAUACCCUCCAGUGGGACACCCUACGGAACCUCUGCUGUGUCUGGCAGUUAUGUACCCUCCAGUGUGACACCCCAGGGAACCCAUAAUAUGUCUGGCAGUGACGUAUUCUCCGACUUCUUUCAGCAUCGCACUGAACCCCAAGAAUCUGCCACACCUCGUCCUCCUGCUCCUGAUGAUAUUUUUCAACCUUACAUUUCUUCACAAGCUGCUGGUAAACGUCCUGCUCCUGCUCCUGUUGAUAUUUUUCAGCCUCUCAUUUCAUCCCAAGCAGCCAGUGCACCUUCUGCUCCUAUUCCUGCUCCUGAUGAAUCAUUUCGGCUUCUCUUCAUACCCCAAGGUCCCAGUACACCUCGUACUCCAGGUCCUGAUGACUCUUUCUGGCUGCCUGUUUCAUCCCAAGCAGCUCGUGCACCUCCUGCACCUGCUCAUGCUCGUGAUGAAUCUUUCUGGGGUCGAAUUGGACACCAACUAGCCGGAACACCUCCUGCACAUGCUGGUGACAGUGAUGACUCUUUUGGACCUCGCUUUGUGCCCAAAGGAGCUGCUGCACCUCCUGCUCCUGUUGAUAUUUUUCGGAUCAGCGUUGCACCCAAAGCGCCCCGUACACCUGCUACUCCUGUUCCUGCUCCUGCUGAUAUUUUUCAGCCUUACGUUUCACCACAAGCCGCUGGUAGACCUACUGCUCCUAUUUCUACUGCUGAUGGACGCUGGAGAGUGCCUAGCCACAGAGCCCAUUCUGUAUCUGGAGCCAACGUACCUGCUGCUGUGGCAGCACACAGAACCCACAGUGCCUCUGACACCAACGUACCCUCCAGUGUGACACCAGGCAGAUUCUAUAGUGUGUCUGAAACCAGCACACCCUCCAGUGUGAUGCCAGGCAGAGCAGGUUUUGGGUCAUCAAUGGACAGAGUCAUCAACCCGAUACCAACCAGAACCAAUACUGGGUCAUCAGUGGAUGCAUCCUCCCGUAUGAGAGGAAACAGAGCUCUUACCGUGCCUUCAAGCAACAUGUCCUCCAGUAUGACAGGGACUAGAGCUGGUACUGGGUCUUCAGUCAACACAUCCUUCAGUUCCAGACCACACAGAGCCAGUUCUUUGCCUUCAGUCAGACCUUCCAGCCAGGAUGUCUUACUCAGCACCAGAAAAAGUAAGGAAAUUUAAUUGUCAGUUGUGAUUUCUUCAUCAAAAUACCGGCUUCUCUUUACAAAGAAAAUACUUCAGCAAUGCAAAAAAAUCUAAAUAAAUUACAAUCUAAAUAAAGUACAAUCUUACCGACCUUUUUAUUGUAGUUCAAUGUAUAUAUUUUUUUAUUUGUAAUUUCCUAUUUUUAUGAAAAUGUGCAUUCAUAUCUUCAAAUUUCUGUUUCUCUAAUUAUUCAUAUACGAAAGCACUUAUUUAUUUCACUCUUUUUUAUUGCAGUUUUUAAUUUUUAUGUAAUAAAAAAAAUCCACAAGC